AUGCCAAGGCUCCACUACUUUAAAAAUAAUGCUUUGUGGGACUUGGAAAGUUUUCUAAAUUGGAAAUCCUGUGAUAGUGAAACAGCUCAAGAGUUAGCAGAAGAAGCUUUAAAGGAAUUUAAGAACAUAAGCGAGUUCAUCCUCGUGAAGAAAAGUCAGUUGAACAAUGAAAAAAGAAAGUAUCCUCAAGACAAAGGAUCGGGAGAUAUGUUGCCUGAUGGUACGAAAAUUGAAAAGGCGACUCUUCUUGAUUUAGUACAGUCAGAUGAUGAUACCCAUCUCUCUCAAGAAGAUAAUGACAAAGAUGAAGGUAUUCCUAAUCUAAAAGACACGGUUAUCAACAAUUCAAAAAAAUGGAAUUUGCCUUCAGGACUAUAUGUAGUAAAAUUUUCAAUAAAAAAAUAUGGUGCAUUAAAUAUAAUCGAUUUAUCUGUCAUGAGUGAAUGGUUUUCCACUAAGGAUAUAAAAUUCAUGGCAAAAAAUUAUGCUGAUCUGUUAAAGGUUUCUCAGUUGCUGGCAGAAGAAAAUUCAUUUAUAUUAAAAAUGGUACUUAAGGGAGAUGUGAAUGGAGCAUACAAGCUUUGCAUUGAAAAUCAUAUUAAUUCUGAAGAAAACGGCUAUAUACACAAAAUAAGCAAGAUAUAUGCUGAGUUAAGUAAGAACAAAGUCGAUAUCCUGGAUUAUACAGGAGAUAUACAUACAGAACUUGAUGUCGUUAUGAAGGCUUAUGGGUAUAUUAUUAAAGGACUGAACCCUGGUUUUGAAAUACAUCAAAAAUGGGAUGAAUCCUUCAGUCUACUAAGUAAGAGUAAUGACUAUAACAAGAGUCAAAAAUGUGACUUGCGCUUUCUAUCAAUAUCUGGAGUCAACAUAGGUGAAUGGAAAUUUGCAUCAAAAGUAAUCCCUCAUAAGGCUGUUAGCGAUCAUUGUAGGUCCGCUAGGGUUAAUCAAUCCAUUUUGAAUGGUUUAUUAAAUCUCAACCUCACUGACGAGUAG